AUGAGUCGCAAAGCGUGGAAUGGAGUGAAAAAGCCCGACAUGUUGGAAUGUCUAAAGACAUUCAGAACUAAUGGGCAGCCUCCAAAGGUUAUGGCGAAUUGGAAGGAAGCAGUAAAUAUAGAGACCCUGAAAAUAGAAGAGCUAAAAUCUGGCUUUGAGAAAAUGGAUGUAGAUCCAACAGAAAUGGCACAACUGUUGGGCAUAGCGGAAACAAGGGAAAAUCUAAUCGUAAUGGCGAUAGCCACAAUUUUAACAGCGCUAGAAUCGGACAAAGGGGAUGAUGAACCCCCGAAGAAAAAAGCGAAGAAAGUCAACGAUAAGAAUCCAGGUGCAGGUAUUGAUAAAGUUUCCAUAAAAGAAAGAAUUGUUGAGUUAGAUUCGUUAAUUGGCAGUAAAAAAUAUGUUAAGCAGAAGGAUAUGUUGCCAACGGAUGUAGAGAAGUUUCUCGAAGAAUACAGUAAAAGCACAAUAGAUAAAGCGACACCCCAUGAUAUGCGAGCUUUUUUAGUGUAUAAAGAAUCAGCAGGUGAUUUAGCGAAUCUUAGGAUGGAUCAAAUAAAACAAACCGAGGAAGGUGUGUUAGUUCGUAUGACACAGGGUAAAACAAUAAAAACAAAAGCUAGAAUAUUUUGUGUAGCCCGAAGUGCGAAUGUGGAGUCUUGCCCAGUAGAGGAGAUCCUCGAUUUUGUUGAGAGUAGCAUCGAAGAUGAGGUGAAGGAGUUGAAAAGGUUAUUUGAGCAGCAGAAAACAAAAGAUGCUGACUAA